GCGCUGCCUGUGGGAGCUCGGAGCUGCGCCCGGCCGCCGCCGCCAUGUACCCGGCGUGGGGCCUGUACGGCCACUACCCGCCGCCGCCCACCUCCAUCCCGCCGCCGCCGCUGCCGCCCAUGCCGCUGGCCGGCUACCCGCCGCCGCCCUCGGCCGCCGCCGCGCCCCCCUCGGCCGCCGCCUCGGGCUUCCUGAGCCUGCAGGAGCAGCACCUGGCGCAGCUGCAGCAGCUGCAGCAGAUGCACCAGAAGCAGCUGCAGUCCGUGCUGCUGGGCCCGCCGCCGCCCGGGCCGCCGCCCCCCGGCCUGCCGCCGCCUCCCCUGCCCGCCGCCUUCGCCGCCGACUGGUCGCAGCCGCCGCCGCAGCAGCCGCCGCCGCAGCAACAGGCGCCGCCCGCGCGCAGCUACCAGAAACAGUUCAAGGGCCGCAAGCCCCGCGAGCGCGAUGCCGUCGAGCCGCCCGGCCCCGGCGACUGGGGCGAGCAGCCCGCCGCCGCCCCCGGCCCCACCGACAUGGAGCUGUCGUCGCCGCCGCAGUCGCCGGGCCCCGCACCGCCCUACCCCCCGCCUGGCUACCUGCCGGCUGAGCCCGCGCCGGCCCAGCCGCCCUCCUACCCGCCCCGUGUGCCCAGCUACUCGGAACCACCACCCAGCGCUUCACAGUCCUACCUGCCACCGGGCCAGGCCUACACCGCGCCUCCCCCGGCCUACCUGCCGCCGCCCCAACCCAAGCCCCAGCCCCUCUUCCAGGCCUCAUUGCCACCACCCACUGCGGCGGCCCCUCAGGACAGUGCUGCCAAGGAGGCUGGCGCUGGGGUCGAGCCGCACAGCACCGCGCAGCCCGACCCCUCCACCAUGACACCCCAGGAACAGCAGCAGUAUUGGUACCAGCAACACCUACUUAGCUUGCAGCAGAGGGCAAAAGCCCAUGCACAGGGACAGCAGCAACUGAAGAGCACAGGAACAGUGAAGGAUGCUCCUGAGCAGAGAGUAAAGCAAGAGGAAGGGAAAGCGCAUGCUACCAAUCGGCAGUCUGAAGCUCCUUCACUUAAAGAGCCUGCAACACCAGCCCCCAAAGAAGAGGAUCCUCUUCUCUCAGCUGCCGAAUCAAAGCUGAAUAUUGAACCUCCUGAGGACUCUGAGGAAGACUUGAGGUUGCAGCAGUUGCAGGUGGCAGCAGCACAGUGGCAGCAGCAUCCACACCAUCGAGUUGGCUUUCAGUAUCAGAGAAUAAUGCAGAAGCAUGCACAGCUGCAACAGAUCCUACAGCAGUAUCAACAGAUCAUACAGCAGCCUCCCCACCUACAGACCAUGUCAGUGGACAUGCAGCUGCAACAUUAUGAGACACAGCAGAAACAGUUCCAGCAACUGCAUAAAGAAUGGGAGCGUGAAUUCCAGCAAUGGCAGGAUCAGCUCCAGACCUAUCCUCACAAAGAUCAGCUUCAGGAAUAUGAGAAACAAUGGCAAACAUGGCAGGGACAGAUGAAAGCUACUCAAUCCCAUUUGCAGGAGAAAGUAAACUCACUUCAGAACAUGAAGAAUCAAUACCCUGGAAGUGUUACAAUGCCACCUCCAUUUGCUUCAUACACUCAAACAGCUCAAGGAAGCAUUCCUGUUAUGCCUCCAACUUUGCCUCCCACAACACCUCCACAGGUUCCUCCACCCCUGUCUUCUGGUUCUCAAAUUCCAAAUUCAUCCAUUCCCCCAACAUCUAGUUCUCAGAGCCCCCAGCCUACUGAGACACCAAGGCCAGCUCUACUUCCCACCCCUGUUUCAUUUGCUCCUAAAGUAUCUGGCUUAGCUGCAACUUUACCCUAUCAUUCUCAGAUAACUUCAUCUAUUGCCUCUUCAGACCAAGGAAACACUCAGGUUCACAUGGCUAAACAAUCUGGGCCAUUUGCCUCAGUUUCAUCUGAGCAAGGAUCUGGGGAAUUGAAAACCUCCACAGGAACUUCACCACUUACACCCACCACCUCCAUCACUACCUUCACUCAAGAUAAACCUCUGAGAUCAGGUGGAUUGCUUCCAGACCCUCCAAGAGGACCAUACUUUGAAGGACCAAGAGGUCCUAGGUUUGAUGGACCUCGAGGAAGAGGUUUUGAGAGAUUUGAAGGGCCAAGACAAAGAGGGCCUCGUUUUGAGGGCCAGCACUUGGAAGGUCCAAAACCCAGAUAUGAAAAUCAAAAAUCAGAUGGACAGUCUUCGAGCAAAUGGGGGACUAUCCCACGUGGCCCAGCAUCACAGUUUUAUACUACCCCAACUACAUCACAGAUGCAUAGUACCCGACCAAGUGGGCCCCAGUGCAGGGGUCCCAGGCCUUCUUUUGGACAACAGCAGCUACAAGCAGAGUCCCGGACUGAAAACAAAGAACCUUUUACUGAUGCUGCUGGAAAACAACAGAUGGCAAAUAGAACUCAGUCUACUCCAAUUCCCAUUGAUACAGAUGCAAAGAACUCUGGUCCAGUCCAGCCAAAUGAGGACUUGAAAAAAAUGCAACAGGAACCACCCAAAUCUGAAGUAAAAGAAAUCAUUUCAGAGCCUAAAAAGUGGACUUGGAGUUCUCAGGAUCCAGCACAGCGAGCAGAAGAGUCCAAACCAACCACUCAGCCUCCACCCACACAGAACCAAAAACUGGCAUCUGUUCCCAGUAGUUCUGCAAUUUUGCAAUCUCCUGUUCCGUCAAGAACAGGAGAAACGACAAUAGUGACUCCAUCCCCUGUACCAGGAGAUAAAGACUUGAAUUCUGCAGAUAAUAAAUUGCCUGUUUCAGAUGGCACCCUGGGGCAAGAUCUACCUGGGUCAGAAAACAGAGUAAAAGGCACAGUUAUGUCAGAAGGCAAUAGAGGCACUGGACCAGUAAGCAGGGGCAGAGGUCAGGGCAGAAUGGAGGAUGGCCGGGGCAGAGGUCAAGGCAGAAUGGAGGAUGGCCGGGGCAGAGGUCAAGGCAGAAUGGAGGAUGGCCGGGGCAGGGGUCAGGGCAGAAUGGAGGAUGGCCGGGGCAGAGGUCAAGGCAGAAUGGAGGAUGGCCGGGGCAGGGGUCAGGGCAGAAUGGAGGAUGGCCGGGGCAGAGGCCAGGGCAGAAUGGAGGAGGGCCGCGGCAGGGGGAUGGGCAGAAUGGAGGAGGGCCGCGGCAGGGGGAUGGGCAGAAUGGAGGAGGGCCGCGGCAGGGGGAUGGGCAGAAUGGAGGAGGGCCGCGGCAGGGGGAUGGGCAGAAUGGAGGAGGGCCGCGGCAGGGUGUUGGGCAGAAUGGAGGAGGGCCGCGGCAGGGGGAUGGGCAGAAUGGAGGAGGGCCGCGGCAGGGGGAUGGGCAGAAUGGAGGAGGGCCGCGGCAGGGGGAUGGGCGGAAUGGAGGAGGGCCGCGGCAGGGGGAUGGGCGGAAUGGAGGAGGGCCGCGGCAGGGGGAUGGGCGGAAUGGAGGAGGGCCGCGGCAGGGGGAUGGGCGGAAUGGAGGAGGGCCGCGGCAGGGGGAUGGGCGGAAUGGAGGAGGGCCGCGGCAGGGGGAUGGGCGGAAUGGAGGAGGGCCGCGGCAGGGGGAUGGGCAGAUUGGAGGAGGGCCGCGGCAGGGGGAUGGGCAGAAUGGAGGAAGGCCAUGGCAGGGGAUACGGCAGAAUGGACGAUGGUCGUGGCAGGGGGAUGGGCAGAAUGGAUGAUGGUUGUGGCAGGGGAUACAGCAGAAUGGAUGAUGGCUGUGGCAGGGGGAUGGGCAGAAUGGAUGAUGGUCAUGGGACCGGGAUGGGCAGAAUGGAUGAUAGCUGUGGCAGGGGGCUGGGCAGAAUGGAUGAUGGCCAGGGUAGAAUGGACUAUGGCCAUGGCAGGGGAUUGGGCAGAAUGGACAAUGUCCGUGGCAGAGGACAAGCAAACAGAGGCAUGGGACAGGCAGCCAUCCAUGGCAGAGGCAUGGCCAUGGCAGCAGACAGCUGGGAUAAGUUGUCAGAUAGGUAUGCAGGCAGCCAGGAGGGGUUGUCAGAUGAACGUUCAGACAGCCGGGAGAGACUGCCAGAUGGGCACUCGGGCAGCAGGGAGAGAGGAUUUAUAGGAAGGUCAGACAGCCAAGAGAGGGUGUUGUCUAGCCGAGAUAGAGAGCUAGCUGGUCGACCAGGCAACAAGGAUAGGGGGCAGGCAGCUAGCCGAGAGCAAGGUCCUGUCAGACAGACAGGUAGCCAUGAGCGGGAACCAGUCAGGCGGGCAGAUAGCCGUGAGCGGGGCCCUUUCAGACGGGAAGGAAGCCGGGAUGGAGGGCCCAUGAGAUGGGCAGGAGGUCGGGAUGGGGAGCCUAUGAGGAGGGUAGGAAGCGGAGAUGGGGGACCUGUCAGGCAGACAGGUAGUCGGGAACGAGGCCUAGUUAGGCGGGCAGGUAGCUGGGAGAGGGAACCAGGCAGGUCUGAAAUGGGUGGUAUGGAUAAACGCCUGGGUGACAGCUCUGAGAAAUUCCCCCCAUACCAUCGAGAGGAGCCUCUCAGGGGUCCCUGGAGCCAUGAAGAAGAGAGAAUGCAAGAAGAACUACCAUUGGAUAGCAGAGAUGCCCCUCUAGACUGUGAACUAGUAGAUGAUUGGGAAAGAGAUCAAUAUUGGAGAGAGCAUGACACAGAUUUUCGGGAUGAUUCCUUGGACCCCUAUGAUAGAGGUGACAGGUUCUCACUCCAUCAUUCAAUGCCUCCACUAUCACCUCUUCCUCCACUCCCUCCUUUGUCUUCUGAUUUUGACAGACAAGACCCUUGGUGGGAUGAUUGGGAAAGGCCAAGAGAGAGAGAGAUGGAUAGAGACCUGGACAGGAUUGGAAGAUCCAUGGAUAGUUAUGAUCGUGAUUUAGAUAGAGAAUGGGACGGAGAUUAUUUGAUGCCUCCAGAUGAUAGAGAGAUACCAAGUCGUGAUCUGGAUAUUCCCCCUCUCCCACCCAUGCAGUCCUUUCCACCUUUGGACAGAUACCAUGAGGACCGGUGGAGGGAGGAGAGGGACAGAGAUUUAUAUGACAGGGACCGUCGAGACAGGGGGGAGUUGAGAAUCCGAGAAUACCCGGAGAGAGUGGACAGAUGGAGGGAGAAGCGAAACUACCCUCCUGAAAGGACUGACUGGGAGAGAGAACGAUUGUCAGAGAGGUGGUAUGCUGAUGAAGAAGAAAGAAUGCAACCUUUGGAGGAUCAGCUAGAUUUACCCAUCCCACCACCACGUUCCUCAGACAUGUUGGAAGCAGAUUCAACUAUGGACACUGACCAAUCACUAGGGGGAGUAAUGGUCCUUAGUCAAAGACAACAUGAAAUAAUCCUGAAGGCUGCUCAGGAGCUGAAGAUGCUUCGGGAACAGAAAGAGCAGAUGCAGAAGUUGAAAGAGUUUAUACCUGAGCCUGAACUGCCAACACAUGAGACUUCUAGAUCACAGACCACAACUCCAAGGCCAGGUUCCUAUCAGGUGUCUUCUCAACAUCCAUCUGAGACAUCAUUAGAAUCUCAACCUAUCACGUCUUCUCCUGCUGUUAUUAUAAAGCCACCAGUUCUGUUCAGGCAGCCCACUGCAGUGACCAGACCUACUUCCACAGUGACAAGGUCAUCUGCCUCCGUAUCAAGGCCACUUUCUUCAUCUCCUACUCCAAUUGCAUCCUCAAGUCAGACUCCAGGUCUAAAACCAUCACUUGCUACUGUGGAACAGGAACGUUGGGAUGAGGAUUCUUUCCAUGGGCUCUGGGAUACCAAUGAAGAUAAGGGAGCAAAUUUAGAGUAUGAAUUAUGUAAAUCAGACUCGGGGUUGCCACCACCAGCCUCAUCUUCUGUUCACCCUUCCCUUUUGUCAUCUGUAUCAACAUCACUUUCUUCGGUUAUGCCAUCAAUUUCUAAACCACCUCUAAUUCAGCAGACUGUGGACUAUGGCCAUGGCAGAGAUAUUACCACCAGUAAAGUAGAACAAAUUCCCUAUGGGGAAAGAAUAACCCUGCGACCAGAGCCUCUGCCUGAGAGACAGCCAUUCCCUAAAGAGCACCCAGGCCAGCGUGACCGUUACAACAGAGAAAGAGAUCGUGAACCUUACUUUGAGCGUCAAGGCAAUUCCAGUAUAGAUCACCGAGAUUUCAAGAGGGAGCGGGAAGUGCACAGAGACCGUAGUUCUGGAGAUUAUGAUCGUGAGAGGUUUGAGAAAGAGCGCCACCCUCGAGAGGACAGGGUUCCUCCAACUGUACCUUCAAGGACGCAGUCUUACCGUGACAAGAAAGAUCAUCCCUCCACAAGGCGAGGGAGCUUUGAAAGACCAUCAUAUGAAAGGAAGCCAGAUCGCUCAACCUAUGAUCAUGGGCCUUCCAUGUUUGGAGGUGAUCGAAGAAACUACCCCGAGGAGAGAAUGCCCAUUUCUGCUCCAUCAGUACCCCGCCAGCCUCCCCCUACCCCACGAGUGGAGAGGAAGCCAGAGUCUAAAAAUGUAGAUGAUAUUUUGAAGUUACCAGGACGGGACAGCAGGCCAGAGAGGAUUGUUAUCAUAAUGAGGGGAUUGCCUGGCAGUGGAAAGACACAUGUAGCAAAAUUAAUCAGGGAUAAGGAAGUAGACUGCGGAGGGCCUGCACCCAGAGUGCUCAGCCUGGAUGACUAUUUCAUCACUGAAGUGGAAAAAGAGGAGAGAGACCCAGAUACAGGGAAAAAAGUGAAGAAGAAGGUGAUGGAAUAUGAAUAUGAAGCUGACAUGGAAGAGACCUACCGCACGAGCAUGUUUAAAACCUUCAAAAAGACCUUGGAUGAUGGCUUCUUUCCAUUCAUUAUCCUUGAUGCCAUCAAUGACAGAGUGCGGCACUUUGAACAGUUCUGGAGUGCAGCAAAAACAAAGGGCUUUGAGGUAUAUCUAGCUGAAAUGAGUGCAGAUAACCAGACUUGUUCCAAGAGGAAUAUUCAUGGACGCAAGCUGAAGGAGAUCAAUAGGAUGUCUGAUCACUGGGAAACAGCACCACGUCACAUGAUGCGUUUGGAUAUUCGUUCUCUGUUACAAGAUGCUGCUAUUGAAGAGGUGGAAAUGGAAGAUUUUGAUGCAAAUAUUGAAGACCAGAAAGAAGAAAAUAAGAAAGAUGCAGCAGAGGAAGAGGAGAGUGAACUGGGUUACAUUCCGAAAAGCAAAUGGGAGAUGGACACUUCUGAGGCAAAACUAGACAAGCUGGAUGGCUUGCGGACUGGCGCUAAGAGGAAACGUGACUGGGAAGCAAUUGCCAGCAGGAUGGAGGAUUAUCUUCAGCUUCCAGAUGAUUAUGACACCCGUGCUUCUGAACCUGGCAAAAAGAGGGUGCGUUGGGCAGACCUAGAAGAAAAGAAGGAUGCAGAUAGGAAGAGGGCCAUUGGAUUUGUGGUUGGACAAACAGAUUGGGAGAAGAUUACAGAUGAAAGUGGUCAUCUUGCUGAAAGAGCCCUCAACCGCACCAAAUAUAUUUGAGGCAGUUAUUAACUGGAUUUUUUGUACCUUUAAGGCCAUUUGCUUUGAGGAGAACUAAACAAGGAGUGACCUGAGCAUCCUGUGUGGAUUUUGUCACUCCCACCUUCACAAUUGUUUUAAUUUCUUUCAUUACUUUAGUUUCUGCAAGUUUCUUGAAAUGUUGGCAAUGAUUACUGGUGACCCCAAAAGACAAAUUCCCGCUGUACUUAAGCAAGAGAGACAGUUUUCUUUUUAAUAUUUUUUGGAGGGGGGGAGGGGUGGGUCAGUAGUUUUAGCUGCUAUGCAUGGGGUAGGGUGGAAGGAUUAGACAAUGUUUCCUCCACUGUACUGUCACAGAAUGUCUUUCACCUUUGCUUUGUGGCCGUUCUCGUUUUAUACUGUAUGUACCUUGUAGCUUAUUGUAGUAGGAAGCAGAUUAAUAAACUUUCACUAUAAACCCAA